AUGGUCACUUUCAUAAUCCAGACCAAGGAGGACGAUUUGUCCGCAUCGCCCCUUGCCACGCCCGCGCCACUAGAAGCAGCAAACUUUGAGGAGCCGGUCAUGGUUCGCCCUACUACACCCGCGCUUGGCCGCACCGGUUCCACAAGCGACUCAGAUGCAUGCAGAGUAUCGCCCGCUCAAUCCGUAGGAUCAUCCGCGCAUACUUCAACAUCAGAUACCCCAUCAUCGCCAUCGAGCCAUCCUGUAAUCCGGGGUUUCUCAACAUCGCACAUCCCCAUACCCCAGGAUGUCACCAGCCAGCCGAGGCCGGCACCAAUCGACGCCAUUUCUGAGCCAUCCUCACCCCUCCAAAAGAAGCAAGCCUCCUUUAGCAAACAGGACGUGGCCAGGACAUUCGCCCCUAUCAUGAUGGACCACAACUACUCAGACGUUGACGAGAGUGCGAUCGACGACGACGACGACUCGGAAUGGGAAGACUCCAACGAGGAGAGCGACAAGUCGAGCGAGACAUUGUUCAAGCGGGUGGACUCCAAAGUCAACCUGACUUCGAAGAGGUCACUAAUUACUCUGAUGCUGGAGCGCAACGAUCGCCAGACGAAGCUGGGCAACGGGGCCUCUCAAUCGGCAUCUGCCAUCCACCAAGGCAGGAUGCCUCGCCUGGGGCCCUCCUUUGUGGCCUCCCCAAAUGACUCGGACGAGAGCUCUCUCAUGAUGAAGCGUGCAUCGCGCGCCGCGCAGCUCAAGCCCAUCAACGAGAUCCCUCGCUCCGCUGCGCAACCAAUUGCCACCCCGGUUCAUGUCAACCACCAACAGGCCGCCCUCUCACCGCGGACUACUAGGCGCAACAUGCUGUCGACCGAGCUCACCGAGUCUCUCCGUCGUGACAUCGUCUGGGAGCGUUCUCAAAAGUCAUUAACGGCCAAUGCCGUCCUCAAGCGGAGACACACUUCGCAUAAUGUCGCCAACCUCAAGCAGGACCCUGAGCGGGCUGUCAUCAAGAAGGAGAACGACAUCAACGCCAGCAGCUGGGACCAGUACUUCGCCCGCGAGGCCUUUGGCGGUUAUCACGUCAAGGGCUGGUAA